AUCGAGAUUUAUGAUCUCCACACAGUUUGUUUAACGUACUCGCUAAGAAAUUUGUUCAACGCCAUGGACGCAUUCUCUUCUUUCUUCGAUUCUCAAUCUGGAUCCAGAACCCGCUGGAGUCAUGAAUCUCUCAAGAACUUCCGGCAGAUUUCGCCCGCCGUUCAAUCUCAUCUUCAGCGGGUUUAUCUCACUCUUGGUUGUGCUUUGGUUGCAUCUGCUGCUGGAGCUUAUCUGCAUAUACUUUGGAAUAUUGGUGGUUUUCUUACAACACUUGCAACUAUCGGAUGUAUUACAUGGCUAAUGGCCACUCCUCCUUAUGAAGAGAAAAAGAGGGCCUCUAUUUUACUUGGGGCUGCUCUUCUCGAAGGGGCUUCCAUUGGUCCUUUGAUCAGUCUGGCUAUUGAUUUUGACCCAAGUGUUCUGGUGAGCGCUUUCGUGGGAACUGCGGUUGCCUUUUGUUGUUUCUCAGGAGCAGCCUUGUUGGCAAGACGUAGAGAAUUCCUUUAUCUCGGUGGCUUACUUUCUUCCGGUGUAUCCAUGUUACUCUGGUUACAUUUCGCCUCCUCUUUAUUCGGUGGUUCUACUGCCCUUUUCAAGUUUGAGUUGUACUUUGGGCUGUUGGUUUUUGUUGGCUACAUGGUAGUUGAUACUCAGGAAAUAAUUGAGAUGGCACAUAUGGGUGAUAUGGAUUAUGUGAAACAUGCAUUAACUCUCUUCACUGAUUUCAUUGCGGUGUUUGUCCGAAUUCUCAUUAUAAUGCUAAAGAACUCUGCUGAGAAGAACGAGAGGGAGAGGAAGAAGAAGAGGAGGGACUGAAGUAGCAAUGAUGGUGGAGGGAUAUGAUUGAUUGUGAAGUGAAAUGAAUGUUGAGUGAAGAAUCUUAUGGAUUGUGUAUAACUUCUGUUUCUUUGUGCCAUUUUGUCUUUUCUCACACUUAUUGUUAACCCCGAUGAUACUUGUAGAUUGCAAUGGAUAGGCUUAUAAUAAUGGCCUUGUAAUAUGUAUUUCUGAUUGGACUAAGGGAAUAUUUUGGUGUUUUAGGAUUUUAACCUUUUGAUUUUUUC